AUGCCCAAAGCUCUCCCUCGUCUGGCAGUUAUUUUGAAAGAUAAUGAAAAGGCUCUUCAUAUUCUUUUAAAAGAACUGAAAUUCUCUCAUAAAGAAAAGAAGGAAUUGGAAAGUCUGGUAAAAUUGGCGGGACACCUUUGUAUGGACAGUAGAGAGCUGCUUUAUGAGCAUGGACUGGAAACAACCCGCGACGUUCUUUUACUUCAAGUCGCACAGGGUUAUAACCACAUCUUGCUUGAGCAACUCCAACUCUCUUGGGAAAAACCCGUUUUUCCACUAUCAGUAGAAGAUUUAAAAACUCUGGGGAUUGCCCCGGGUCCUCUAUUUGGAAACAUGCAGAAACCUAGUGGGUCAAACAAAUUUUUGCUCCUGACGCAACCCAAUGCCUGGAAGAAGCCAGAAAGUAUUCCCAGUCUUUCACUUCUCACUCCUAGAAAUAUUUCGAAAUAA